AUGUCUGAUGUACAAAGGAAAGUCAUGGGAGUACUACAUUACAUGGCACCUGAACUUUUUCAUGGUAGUCAUAAGGCACAAGAAUCAGACAUUUAUGCCUUUGGAAUUAUUAUGUGGACAAUAAGUGCAGGAUAUACAUCCUUUAGUGACCAAUAUGGAAAUCCUUCCUUAGUUUCCGAUAUUAAUGAGGAACAUGAGAAAUGA